AUGACCAAUUAUUAUGAAUAUGAACAUCCAAUCAUUAAUAAAUAUUUAGCUUCUUCAAAUGGAUUUGAAAACGAAAAUAGUAAUCGUAGUCUACACGAAGAUCAAUUAGAAACUAACAUUAAUAAUAAAAACAGUAAUAAUAUCAAUCAGAAUUCAGAUAGUAAUAUCGAGAAUAUUGAUAUCAAUAAUGCAAACAAUAAUGAUGAUGACAUUAUAGACAAUGUUCAUUUAAGAAAGAAUGAGCCGGGUAGAAAAUUUCCAACUUUAGAGUCAUGGUACAGGGCGGUAAAUGAUUAUGAAUUUCAAGCACGAUGUCCAAUUAUUUUAAAGAACUCUCACAAGAAUAAACAUUUCACCUUUGCUUGUCAUCUGAAAAGUUGCCCUUUUAAAAUUUUGGUAAGCUACAGCGGCGUAAAUAAUGACGCAUUUGAUAACUCUAAUGAAACAAAUGCCAAUAUUACGAAAGAAGAUGUUGACUUCAUAGAUAGGGUUGAUCAUACCAAUUCUUCUAUAAAUACACCUACUUCUUCUAAUAUUCUGAACAAUAACGAUGACGUUACUACAGAUGGUAACCAUCCAAAUGAUAAAUUUACUGAUGAGAAUCCACAUGGAGCCCUACUUACUUUAAACGAUAAUAACUCACCAGAGAGGGUUGACAACCAAAAUACUGUUAAAGGUCACACUACUGAUAAGCAUAAUGGUAAUUCUGAUUCCAUCACAACCAAUAAUGAUGAUACUAUUGGAAACAGCUUAAAAAAAGAUGCAUCUGAAAAUAAUGAUGAAACUUCUACUAAACAUUAUGCUGACAUUCCUGAUGUAGAUGAUUCAGUGACUGCUGCUUUUGCUGCCGCAGUAGUUGCUGCAGUGGAUGGUAACAAUUCAAAUGGCAUCAAUCAUGACAAUAAUUCUUCAACUGAUAUAAAUUCUCCCCCUAAUAACAAUAACAAUAAUAAUAAUACACACAAUAUAGAUGGUUCUAGAGCUGUACCUGUGUCUGCAGAAGCUAAAAAAAAUAGCAUCAGAGAUAGCAACCUAACUGAUAACUUAGUUACAUUUGAUCAUAGAGAUACUCAUAUGGGGCCAUUUGUAGUGACAAAAAUUGAACCAUACCAUUCCCAUCCAUUGGAGUCAAACCUUAGCUUAGCAAAAUUCGUACUGACCAAAAUACCAAGAAUUUUACAAAAUGAUUUGAAUUUCGAUGAAACUUUAGAGGAUCUUUGUAGUCUUAAUAAUGAAGCAACAAUUUUAAAAUUCAGAGUAUCACAAUAUGUUGAAAACUCAGGUAUUUUAGAUAUUCUAAGACAACGUUAUGGUUUAACUAUUCAUGAUUUAGAUAAGAAAUUGAUUUCAUCAAUUUCCAGAAAGGUAACAACUUACAAGGCCAGAUUUGUACUGAAAAAGAAGAAAAGUGGAGAGUAUGGCAAAAAUCCACAAAAGCGUAAUAGUAAUAUAGAAAUACCAAUGGUUAAUAGCUCAGCUAAUAAAUCAUCUUUAACUACACACCCAAAUCUACAUAUUCAAAAUUCCACUCCAGCUUCUAUUGCUGCUACAUUACAUAACGGCAAAUCAAAAUUUCCAAAUACGUCUCCAUCAUCAGCAUCAACAAUAUCAAGUAAUUCUCGGGCAACAUCAUCUGUUACUGAUAAUAAUGUUGGAUUAAAAGCAAUUAACAUUAACGACAACAGUAAUGAGCUUUCAGAUGAUUCAAAGCCCUUAAAAUCAGAAUACCCAUUAGAAAUACCAGGUUCACAUGAUACUAGUUUUGAUAAAAGUCAUUCCCGCUACCAUAGUAACCGUACCACUGAUACUAAUAGCAUCGAGCAUACUCAUAAACAACGUAAUAACCAACAAGAACAGUUGCAACAAAAUCGUAAUAAAUUGUUGAAGUCAGCCAUUCAGAACAUUAAUGCUCAAAAAGAAUUAGAUACAGAUGCAACUCAGUUGCAGGCUACUGCUCAAGCUGCUAUGAAUGAUGUUUCAAAUAUGAAGCAAACAAUUGCAAAUUAUAUUGUGCAACAAAAUAGCAAUAGGCACUCACUAGAUGAAUAUAUGGCUGGUAAUAAUAAUAAUGGAAGCCAUAAUGAAAAUCAUGAUCAUAAUAUUUCCCGCAAUGCAGAAAGUAUUGAUAAUCAAUCUCAACCCCCUUUUAAAAAAAUGCGUAUAGAUUCAAAUGAAUCAUAUACUUCAUCCAUUGAACAAUUAACAACCCAUCAGAGCUUCAGUGGCCAUGAUAAUGAUAAUGAUAACAAUAAUAAUGAUAAUAGCAACGAUAAUGGCAAUGAUAAACAUCUAAAUAUUCAUAAUAAUAGCAAUAGUAUUAACAAAAUAGAGCAGAAGAAUGAUCUGCUAAAACUUAACAUCAAUUCAUUGAUACCAGAUGAUAAUGUCCUAGAAUCUCUUGAUGAUGUCACAGGUGAUAGAUUACCAAAUAAUAUUGCAGAACAGCUAAAACUUUUAUCAUCUCAUUAUAAAGAUGUAGAAAUAAACCAACAUAAUAAUAGUUUAUCUAGCUUGGGAACAACGGCAAAUUCGCACCAAUUGCCAAUUACUUCUAAUAGAGGUAAAUCAGAUGCAAUGAAUGAAAAUGAUGACCAUGACAUGGAGCAAGAAAUUAUGGAUUUAAGAGGUGUUCCGGUUCAUAAUGAUGAGAGCCACGUUUCUGGACUGGACCUGUCACACCAUAUGGAUUCUCCAGAAAAUGGUGAUAAUAUAGAUGUCGAUAUUAAUGAUGAAGCUGAUGUUCACUCAGAUGAAAAUAUUCAACCUGAAUUAAGAAAUGAAUAA